CCGGCCACUGGCCACCAAUACAAGGCUUGACAAACACCACUGGAGUGUUCCUGGUGUGCACGCCUUGCCCAGCUACAUAUUCUGCCUUCCUUUCCCUCGGGGCAGCAAACCUAACAAGCUCCGUCCAUCACAGCUCCCAGGCCGGCAGUCUGCACCAGUGGUCUCUGCUGGGCCGGGUUUCUUGUGGAGCGCAGGGAGACGUGACAAACCUUCACACAGCGUCUCCUUGAUAAUCCUGGUGAUGGUCUGUUGUGGCGGCCCCAGUCACCGCUGCUGCACUGUGCCGGGGCAAGGUGACAGAGUUGUCACCACUCUGGCUCGGGGCAGACGGCACUGUUCACUGUGGUGCAGCUUGUUGGCUGCUGCACUGUGCCGGGGCAAGGUGACAGAGUUGUCACCACUCUGGCUCGGGGCAGACGGCACUGUUCACUGUGGUGCAGCUUGUUGGCUGCUGCACUGUGCCGGGGCAAGGCGACAGAGUUGUCACCACUCUGGCUCGGGGCAGACGGCACUGUUCACUGUGGUGCAGCUUGUUGGUGCAUCUCUCAGCAGUCAGCCACAACAUGGUGCCAGUCCUCUCCAGGUGGUGUUGAUGACUGGUUCCCCGUCACUGAGGUCCCACACAGCAGCACAGCACGGCACCUCAGAAGUGGGUCUUCAUGUGCUGGGCAAUGUCCCCCUUCAUCUUGAAGUGCUUCCCACACACGUCACACUUGAACUCUCUCAGGCCAGAGUGUCUGAAGGAGUGACGCUCCAGGGUUUGCUUCUCUCUGAACCUUUCUCCUCAUUCCAGACACUCAUGAGGCCUUUCACCAGUGUGUGUGUAAGUGUGUACCUCGAGAUGGCUCUUCCUGAUGAAUGUGUCACCACAAACCUCACACUCAUGAGGCCUUUCACCAGUGUGUGUGUAAGUGUGUACCUCGAGAUGGCUCUUCCUGAUGAAUGUGUCACCACAAACCUCACACUCAUGAGGCCUUUUGCCAGUGUGUGUAAGGGUGUGUGUGUUGAGGUGACCCUUCCUACUGAACCUUUUGCCACACUCUUGGCAUUCAUGAGGUCUUUCACCAGUGUGUGUAAGGGUGUGUCUUUUGAGGUUACCCUUGCAACUGAACCUUUUGCCCCAUUCUUGGCAUUCAUGGGGUCCUUCAGCAGAGUGUGUGGGUGUAUUUGCUGA